UAUAGCCUGCCUGUUCCACAGCAUGAUGCUGCCACAGACAUGUUUUAUGUUAGUUUUCCCUCAGCCAUGGAGUUUGCCAUAUAAGUCAAAAAGUUUAAUUUUUGUUUUCUGUGACCAGAGCACCUUGUUCCACAUGUUCAAGGAACAAGAUGCCUUGAGCACCUUGUUCCUUCUUGCAGACGUAACUACUUCUGACUUUUUCUCACCAAUUUCACAAUCUUGGCUUCCUUCCAUUGAAGAUAAAUUUGAGGAGUGUGCAGGUUGUUCUGUAAACAGGUUCACCCACCUGAGCUAAGUCCCCCAGAGUUACUGUGGCUGCUUUCCUACUUAAUGCUCUCUUUGCCAUCCCUAUGUAGGUAUUUAUAUGCUUACAGGUGUUCCGUACUCUGGUGUGUUCCUUGGACUUUAUGAUGCUGGAUUAUUUCUCUUAUACCUCUGUGACCUUACACAGAACACCUACACAUAAAUAGAAGAGCAAAUCACACACAUUUGGAAGCAACAGGCUGCACUAAAUAUCAAAAGUAUCAAAGCAAAAGAGGCUAAAAUGCUCUUUAAUAUGUUUCUAGUUGUAUUUUAAUAAAAUCUUAAGUCAUUUUCUUUGCACUUCAAAUCUAGUUUACUGCUUUGUGUUGGUCUUAAUUAUACCCAAAUAAAAUGUGCUAUGUUUUUAAAUCUUACCUAACAAAAUGUUAAUCUUAGAGGAUUGUUAAUACUAUUGAAAGAUAUGAUACUUGUAAUAUUCUUCUCCCACUGCACACAGCCAUUGCGGCCAAUAAAACUAAAUUUGUGUUUUAUUGAACUGAACACGAAUAAAACUCGUAAUCUGACCUGAAUGAUAAACAGCUACUAUCAUUAUAUUUAUUGUACAAAAAGUUUUUAUGUAUCUAGAAAUACUUCUGUAUCUGGAGAUACAUUUUUGAUGGACAGCAUUUAAUGCAGCCUAUUCAUUAGGAAAACAUAAAUUUGAUCAAGUUCUAAAAUGUGUGCAUUAGAUAUAGAAUAAUUCAGUCCCAGUUUUAUUCAAAUUGCACUGAACAAACCGGGAAACAUUUUGGCUUAGAAUAAAACGUUUGACGGACCGAAAACAGGAAGUAAUGAUUUUCACAAAAACCUGCCAUUUUAUGCAUAGUCCGAAAGGUGGCAGUAAUGAAUUCAGUAAGUCUGUAAAUAACUAGUCGAAGAAGAAAUUCCAACCAAAACAGUCUGUGUCGCUUUUCAUUUGAAAACGCUUUGUUCUUAGAAAGUCCCUAUUUCCUGCGUUUCUUUCUAACACCGUUAACUCAAUUCUGUUGAAUCAGCCUUCAUCUAUGCUAAGGAGUUAGCUAAUUGUUAGCUAACUUAUCAAGUCUUUUCUCCGGGUUGAACUGAUGUCUAUCCGGCGGGUUCUGGUGGGUUGUACGGUGUUGUCUCUGCAAGAUGCCUGUGUGUUUUAUCCCUGCUGCAAAGGCUGCUUCUCCCGGAUCGAUGCUGAACAGAGAGACACCUUAAGGUACAGGUGCUCCAGGUGUGAUUACAGGUGUCUGAAGGAUCACGUGGAGUACAGGUACCGUCUCUCACUGAGAGUGGUCCGGGAUACAUCCACAUUUGGUGUAACAGUGUUUGGAAAUAGCUUGAACUCCUUUUUUGGCAUCCAUGCAAGUGGAUUACAGAGGUUAGCUGAAAAUUCGGAGGGACCUAUCGGACCAUCAGCAAGACCCACAUUGUUGGCGAAAGCAGUUGAAGACUGUUUCCUCGGUAGAUACUUCAUCUUUGGUAUAAAGGUGAGUGGAACAGAACGGGAACCCUGGCUUGAAGAACCUGAUGGAAGUGAGUCUGGCAGAGGAGGGAGAGCCCAGUUUGUUGCCAGUCAGAUGAUUCUUCCCGCAGCCUCAGGCCUGACGGGCUGCACCGUGCUCAGUUAUUAUCAGCGCCUCCUACAGAGAGCUUCUGAGUAUGUAGCGGAGUCUGCUGAUCCCGGCAGACCGUCUGCAGCCCCCCUGCUGCUGAUUUCUGGUUCUUCUCCGAGCAGCACCCUCAGUGACGUCUCUCUGUAUCCUUCAGGUCAUCUGUCCCAAGCGCUACUUCGUUUCCAACACCAGAACCAGUCAUUUACUUCCACCCCUCCGUGGCAGCAGUCGCUUGGACUUGUGACGUCCUCAGCAGAGCAGGAGGAAAGAUCCAGUCAGGAUGGCGCAGAUCACAGCAGCAGACUGACAGGAUGCAGCGCAAUGCCACUUCCUGUGCAGAGAGUUCACACGCAGAACCAUCCAGGCACAGAGGAGAGACCAGCUCCUCUAAAGCUAGAGUCCAGCUUUCACAGCCAUCCAUCUUUUACCGGGGAUUCAAACUCCUCUUGUACAGGAAGUGUUGGAAACAGCUUCAGUGUGAAAACCUGCUGUAGUCCGUCACAGCCGAGGUACAAAAGCUGCAGUUUCACUCCGAAGGAGCUUCCCAUCACACAUCAAUCCCAAACGUUUUUAUCAAGCUCGUUUGCUUGGGAUGAUUUGCCUUUCUCUGAAAGUCUGUCCGAAUUUUUGUGCAAACAAGACAAAGAUUUAAAUGUUCUCAGUAAAACGACAAAUUUCAAUUUGCAGCAUGAAAAACAAACAGGAACCUUUGCAGAAAUCGCAAACCGGUCAGCUGAGCCAGCUUCUGCUUGUCUGAAUGCUGCAGAGAUAAUCUCCACAGACCACCUCCAAGAUAUCACUAAUACGCCAACAAUAGAGGGAGAGGGAAAACAUAUUUUAUCUGAUCAAAACUGGAAGAACUGUGGUGAACGCAUGAGCAGACCUGAAGAUAACAUGAUUCCAAGGUAUGGUGAAGGUUUUUUAUCUUUUGAAAAACAAGAAGAGCAAAAUGAAGUGGACGGUUACAACUGCUCAGCUGACUUAUUCAGUGACUCAUUUGUACACCCAGCAACAUACACAACUCAGACACACACCGAGAGAUCACCUUCAGAUGCCUGUUUCCGGUUCGCUGAGAUGAAUGUUCAGCAUGUAAAGAAUGAGGCCUCGAGUGUGUCACAUUCAACUCCUGACAAACGGGAACUAAAAAGCAAUCUGUGCGCUAAAAGGGAUUUUACAGAUCUACAAGAUUUUGACUUUGUUCCUCCUUCUCAGUCCACUCCCAUUGUAAAAGUAGGUGGAAUGACACGCUCACCUGCAGUCACUUCCUGCAGAAGUUUGAAAGAUGAGACAUCAAAAGAAAAUUUAAGAUGCAGUAUAAGAUCCAGGAGGCGGAAGAACAAAAUCACUCCAGGAAUGAGAUUCAGGAAGGAUGAGAAAUGUAAAGAAAGACAUCCAGUGGGGCAGCAGGUAGCGCGGCAAAGAGGAGCAACUAGCUUUGAAUCAUCCAGUCCAACCAGUCAGAACCAUUACUCUGAAGCAAACAAUGUGACUUUUUGUGAUUAUGACGAUGCAGAUGGAGUUCUUCCUCCUAUUCCUGCUCAUAAAAUGCUCUUGAGUGUCUUAUUCAGAGAAAAAUGGCAGACGGAAAAUGGCCACAGGGAUUCAGGUUGUAACAUGAGACGAUCUCCGGGAGAUGGAGGAAAUGAUAGCAGAGAUCUCUGGGAUCAGACUCAGACAGUAUUUCAUGCUAAUGAGACAGAAGGUGAGAGAGAUCUUGAUGGAUCUAAGGAUCACCUCACUGAACCUGGAAGCCUUGCGUGUGACUGGUCAAGGGAUUUAUUUUCAGACUCUUAUCUGAUUUCAUAACUCUGCAAAAACAAAAAGAAGAACUUAUGUGUUAAAAAUUUAAGAUGGAUCAGCUGCUGUCACCUUUCUUUUUUCUCUUUUAAUGAGCUAAUUAAAUAUUUAUUUCACUUCGACAUGCUUUUUAUUGCAUGCUCUAAAGAUCAGCUCACAUUUUAUAAAAAUGCUUUUAAAAGUCCAUUAAUAACCUACAUGUAAGCAUUUUUUGUUUCUUACAAGUUAUAUUUAAAAAUCAAAUGUGUUUUCUUUGUUGAAAUAUGUCGAACAGAUUAGGUUUUUCAGUUCUUUUUGUUUGCCCCAUCAUAAUUAUUUUUUAAAUAUUAAUUAAUAAUACUAUUACAUCGUAGUUAUUUAAUAAAUGUUAACUAAUAAUAAGUAUCCAAAAUAUGCAUAUUGGUAGAUGCAUUUGUGAUGAUGUAUUUGCUGCUGAGAGGGAGGAGAUAGCAAUUUAGUAGAGGGGUCAAAUACAUAACAUACUGUAGGUCCUCUUUUAGAAAACCAACAAUUUGGACAUCUGUUCAUCACCGGAUCAAUUAACACUGUAGUGUUAAAUGAGUCCUGCCCUUCUUGGCAGCACCCAGACCCUGUGAGCAGACCUGCUGUUCCGGGUUCCUGUGUGUAUGUGUGCAGGGUCAGUUAUGUAGGGACGAGUGUGGACAAUGCCGUGCCAGAGAGCUAAGAUUAGCUGUCACGAUGGCUAUGUUCUGGAUGUCUGAGUAAAACAAAAUGGGAGCAAGACGAAGAUGAUGUUACAUGUGUAAAAGUGGAAACUGGACAGCCAGUCCACAGCUGGAGUCCCGCGCUGGACUGUGUGUGCUGGGACUGGUAUGUGCUCAUUGCUCAGCUGAGUGUGUUUGUUUGCUUUUAUUUGUUAUGGGUCAGGGCCAAUAAGUAUAGUAUUAUAGUGACACAAUUGCUGGUUCAGACGGAAAUGGUUCUUACUCUACAAAGUAGAGUUGCUUUGUAUAUGUCCAAAAAGCACAUUUUCUCCAAAGGAUAAAGACUGCAGACGUAGUUGGUCUUAUUUUUUUGUUGGCAACAGAAAUGUUGUCAUAAAAAUUUCACUCAAACAUUUGUGAUCGGUUCUGUAUCCAAAUGAAAAUCUUUGGUGCAGUUAUUUGGUUCACAUAUGCAAAAUGUGAGUGUAAUCACAGGACUAAUAACAUUUGCUCUAUUUUUCAGAAUGUGAAUAAUUAGGACAACGUUGGUAAAUUUGGCAAUAAAAUUCAGUUACAGUAAAAAUACCAGGUUCACAAACUCUAAAAUUGUGUUUGGUCAUAAUUGGAAGAACUCGAAUGCUGCAGUGACUUGCAAAAAUAUUUGUACUGUUUGAAAUUUUUCCAGUUUGUCCCAGUACAAUCAGAAACUUUUAUAUACUUUAUUGUGAUUUUAUGUGAUUGAUGGCACAUAAUAGUAAGUAAUUAUGAAAUGCAAGUUUUUUUUGUUUUUUUAAAAAAAAUAUUUUCCAAAUACAAAUCUGAGGUUUCUUUUGGAUUCAGUUCCUUUAACCCAGCAGGCAGUGCUGCAUACUGUGUGCAUGUUCACCUCAGUAUAAAUCCAGCUGAAGGCCUCAGAAGUUUGUUAGAAAAUAUUUCAAUAUAUCCGACAACAGAGAGUUAACGGGUGUAGUGGACUUGUAUUACUAGUUUUAUCUUUUGCUACGCUUCCUUAUUAAUUUUGUUCCCCAAGUUGUGUUGACACUAAACUCUUGCACUGUACUGAUCCAGAAUAUGUUGUUUCCAGAAGCUGCAGCUCUUCUGUACCCCACUGGUACAGUACGUGAGCUAUGUCACUGCACACUCAGUGAAUGGAAACACUUGGAGCCAGUAUGUGUUGAGCUUACAGUCUGGGAGAGAGGUCACAUUGCUCUGACCCUUAAAUCAAUGCACCGGCCUCCUGCUAAACACGUUGUACUCAAAGACCUUCUCGGAGAAUGUGAAUGUCUCAGUCUUGGCUUGUAACUUACAGCCUGUAGGAUUUCUCAGAUGAUCUGCAGUCCCCGCUGCUGGACCUGGAGAUCAAACUACACCUCAGCAAAUUGCUCUGAGGCAAAUUGCCAACUACUUGAAUGCAUUUAUUUGGAGGAGCAGAUCCUUUAAUCUGCUCCUCCAAAGAAAUGCAUUCAAGUAGAUGAUCUGCAGGGACUGCAGAUCAUCUGAGGAGCAGAUCCUUUAAUUGUGAUCAACAUGCUGUUUUAGUUAUUUGAUACUUUAAAACUUAAAUCUAUUUUCAGUAGUGUAAUAUUGUGUAUAUUUGCUUGGUAAUAUUAUUAUUUGUGUUUUUAUCUCAGAUUACAAUCGGUUUUCUAUUUAUUUUCUCUCGUUUUUAUCUUCUAAAGCUAAUUUUCUCUGACGUUGAUUCCUUGAUCAUAUGAAAAUAUUUCAUGAUAUGAAAAUAUAAAACAUUUUCAUACAAAAAGGGAAGAUUGUUGCUGAAAUUGUUUUAUCAUUUUAUGUUAUAGAGGAGAAAUGUGUAUGGUAUAAUCUUUAAUUAUUUUUUCUUUUUCUUUAUUACAGUAUGAGAGAGCGUUCUGAAAUAGAUUAAAUAUUUCUCAUUCUGAAAUACUUGGAUGAACAUCAUAUGUGACCUGAAAAGUAAAUUUACGUUAUGAUUUUAAAUAACUGCAAUCCCAUUUAUUAAUUUUUUUACAUUUCUGUUGCAUGCUUUGCAAUAUGAACAAUUAAAAUAAUAAUUAACAAAACAUCCACUGUGAGACUCUAAAUAAUCCAGCUGAAAACAGAGAUAGUGUAAAAUGAAAAAAAAAAACAACAACAACUGUCAUUUACAGAUAAUUUAAAUCAUACAUAGCUGUUUAACUGGCUAAAAAAAGUGAAAUGCAAACUAUUAUAGUUGAUCUUGAUCAGUCUGAUGUAGUAAUGACUGAGAAUUAGAUUAACCAAGAGCUGUUUCUCUCUAAUCUUAAAAACAGCAGACAGUAAUGUUUUGCAUCCACAAACAAAAAAUUACAAUGAAGUUUUCUGCAAUGUGUCACAGUCUCUCAUUGUCGUCAAACUGCUGGAUCAAAAUUACAACUGAUUUUGCUUCAUUUGUUUAAUCGACUUAUUGCACAUUAAACAGGCAACAUCAUCACUUGAUGCAUAUUUCAUAUGCUGAUAAAUAUGUUGUAUUAUCUCAUCUACGUGAGCCACAAGACACACUAUUUAGAUGUGUCACAAUGCAAUGCAGCUCAGUGUACUGCAGUAGUAUUUCCAUUGCACAGUUGUCAGGGAAAAUGCACUGCAGGCCUGUGGAUAGCAGGAGGUGUGGCUGUAACAUUAGAGCGGGGGAGGGAUUAAAAGCCGAGACCAGCACGUGGUCAAAGGGUGGAGAAAUGGCUUUGUAUGGGGUUGUCAACAGAAACGUCAGCUGAAGGGAAACCGGCUCGUGACACUGGAGAAGCUUCUGUGUGCAGAAGUGAACUAGAUAGAAAUCGUCCUAAGAAUCGUCAGUGCUAUCUAAGGUGGCAGAACCUGCAAAAUACAGAAUAGGAUCUUAGGAAAGAAUGUGAAAUAAGUAGAUUUGAUUGUUGCAACAAAUACUAAAAAAUAAUCACAGGAUAUUCUAUGACUCACCUUUGACCUCAAUCUAACACAGCCAGGUUUAAUAUUUCUGAGUUUGAGCUCUUUUUGGUGCACUACGAUUCACAUAUAGACAGAAAUUACCCUAAAGAGCCACCAUAUAUCUAUAUAGUUUAAAUAAAAAGGACUUCCUGCAGUGCUUUUGUGGUGCAAGCAGGAAAACUGGUUCUACUUGCUCCAGUUCUGUGGCUGCUUCCCUGCAGGAUGGUGUCAGCCCCUCUCUAUAACAGGACAUGGAGAGCUUGACAUCACAGGCCAGCACUCCUUAUAAGCACCUGAGCAUCCACGUCAUGGCUCACCCCAAUAUGAAAAGCGUGUGAUUGUUUUCCACAUGAGACCCAGUGCAGAUAAAGUAGGGUGGGACUAUAUAGCCGCAAUGAAGACUCUUUUCUCACUUUAACCAAAAGCAAGGCAGACAGUGAUUGUUGUCCGUCUUCCGGUAUAUUAUGAAGCCUAUUCUUCAGGCGACAUCGUCUCCACAGGACGUCACCCAUGCAGCAUCACUGCUGGCAUAUCUGAACCAUCAGAGAGAUCAAGGCAUAUUUUGUGACUGUGUGCUCAGGCAGGGGCAGAACUCAGAUCGGCUUUACCAUGCACACAGGUGUAUCCUGGCAGCCUCCAGCCCAGUGUUGGCAUCCAUCCUGUCCUCAUCUGGUGCCCUGGUGGAACUACACGAUCCAAGUCUCUCGGACUCUGUGCUACCUUCCCUUUUGGACUACAUUUACACUGGGGUUCUUCCACACCCUCUCAGCAAACAGGAAUAUUACAGACUGCUCUCUGCUGCCUGCCAAAUGCAGAUGAAAGAACUGCAGGAUGCUCUGAGAGCUAACUGGCUGCAGAUCCAAGGGAAUUCUAAGGAUGGUAAAAAUCCUCCUGUUAUAGUUGAAAUGUACUCAUUUAAAGAGACAGAAGAUUCUUAUAAAAUUGAUUUUGAGACCUUCAAACACCUUCCAUCAUCAACCACAACAUAUCAUUUUCAAAGCCAUGAAACAACCAGACAGCCAUUACCUAAUGAGAUGUUUCAAGAAUCCUGGAUCACUUCAGGAAGCACCGAUGCCAGUCCUGAAAAUGAUGAAAGAAAAAUAAAAAAUCAAUAUGUAAAUGGUCACACAAGAACUGAUUUAGCUUCUUUAGAUGAUUUAAAUACUUUCAGUAUUCUUGGAAGUAUUGACAAAGACAAUGCAGGUGACCGCAGACAGGUAACAUCGCUGACCCAACGGGAAACAUUGAGGUCCAAAGAUGACAAAGCUCAGCUGCAUAACUUACCUGGAGUAGAUGUGCAUCAUUCACCAAACUUUGUAAAACCAGACAUGAGACAGAGAACCCCAGAGGAAGACCUACUCAGAAAAUCUAAGGAAAGAAAGAGUUGCUCUUCAUCUCCGUCAUCAUCGCCACCCCCAUGCUCUGAGGCGGUGCCUGUCAUUUGUCACAGUAGCAGAGCGGCUGUCCUGCAGCAGUCAGAAGUCUCUGUGUGGCCUCACAAUCAAGCAUCUGAGUCUUUUGUCCAGCCUCCCUCCAAAAUCGCCCACUUCUCACUCUCAUUAGGCAUAGGCAAUGACAACACUGUUGAAGCAAUUACCACUGAGUGCAAAGAUCAAAAUGGAGGACAAAGUCAGGACCCCAGAAGCACUAUAAGGCACACUAGCUGUGCUACUGACCACAAGGUGGACAAGGAUUACAACAGCAACAAUGUGCAUUUAUUUAAAUUCAAUGACACCUGCAAGAAUGCAUCAAAUAAUAUGAACAAUAACAAUCAGACUGCCCAUCUGGAUUCUUUGCAAAGUCACACAGAAUACUAUGGAGAGUAUGUGGUCCAGAAUAAUGUCUCAAGAAGAGGUUUAAAGCACCAAAUUGAACGGGAUUAUGAUCCUGUUCCCUCCAAAAAUCAACACUUUGAUUGUUUUCAAUGUCAGAGAACAUUGUUGACAACUUCAACACAAGAUCAAUCGAAACACCAGGGAGCUGCAGUUUCACUUCUCAUGGAGGUUGAAGAUACAGGAAGUGCUUCUCAGUGCAAAGAAUGUCUUGAGGUGGAAGUGAAAAGGGGACACCAUUACUCCAGUGUGUGUCUUGAUGUAACAGAUAUAAAGAAAAAUCACUGUAAGACAUCUGGACCUAUAACAGACUGGUACACAAACAUCCACAAAGAUGACAAAAGCAGAAAGGAUAUGUCUAACAAAGUUAGUAGCACACAAACCAAAUUCAGAUUUAUAACAUCACUAUCUGGAUUGACUAAUGUCACUGACAGUUUCUCUGCUUCUAAAUGUGGCAAAGUGCUGGAAAGUAGAAAAAACUCAUCCCCUGAAAACACGGAGCCAUGUUGCUUUUUAUCAGCACCCCUGGACCACAACUUGUCUGGCACUACAAGAAGCUCUGGUCAGCCAAAUCAUUGGCAUCUUCCUCAUCAGGGUGAACCAUGUGACGAUGCAUCACUUCAAGAUUCAAAUCACAAACCCUUGAAUCUCGGCUUGUCUCCUGACUCAGAUGAGUUAGGUGAAGAGGUUAAUACUCCUUUUUCAGGUAAAAGAUCACUGAGUCAACACUUUUUUAUAGAGUUAGAAGACCAGCCGGAUAUAAACACCAAACAUGAUGAGCUACCCGUGUCCUGUCAACAGUUUGUUGUAAUGGAUACAGCUGCAAUCCUGAGUCACGAUGAUACACAAGUAAAUCAGGACUCCUCUGUAGCCAGAGCUGAGAGGUUAGAUGAGGCUGUUGGACAGAGAGACAUCAAAGAAGGAAACCCAUUUGAUAUAAAACCAUCCCAAACAGGAGAUUGCAUCACACAAAACAUUAGUGUGAUGGAGGUUUCCACACCUAAAGAGCAUGAAACUAAGAGCGGCUCCACUAUAGUUUGCUCACCUCUUUGUGAACCAGACUGUGAUCGAGCCUCAAAGCCAUCAACUGUAUCUGUCUGCAUACCUUCCACCUUUCCAGCCAGCAUGCCAACAGAUAGGUCAGCUCAUCUGUCAUCUCCCAAUCACCAGCCUUUCCAGUGCUCUUUGUGUGAUCGCUCCUUCAGCCAGAGAGGUUCUCUGAACAGACAUGUGCGGAGCCACCUUGGCGUACGGCCCUUCCCCUGCCCCUGCUGCCCAAUGACCUUCUCACGCCAAUAUCGUGUCACAGAGCACAUGCGUGUUCAUCAGCGAUCUGCCCUUGGAAAUGGCUUACAAAAGUCCUCUGUUAUAAAGGAUUAAAGGUCGCAAAACUAGAAUUGAUUAACAUUUUUACAGUAAAUUAAAAUGGUAAGAAGGAAAAUUGAUAACUUAUUUGUGGAUGAUGGACUCCUGUCAGAUUGUGAAGGUUUUGACUUUUCUCAGUUUGUGGCAUUCUUUGGAAUCCAGUGUAAAAAUGUAGCAGCAAAGGCAUUUUUAGCCACUUUUUAUUGUGAUCUUCCCCAGCAGCUGAUGAAGAGUAAAUCUGUCCUGUUGCAUUUUUAAUUUAUAUUUCUACUAUUACAAUUAUUUUUGGCAGCUAUUUUCCUUUGAAGUCCUCUGACCUCCAUAAGAAUGCAUUUGUUACCUGACAUGGAACUGCAGAGAGAUGUUGUAAGCCAUUACAUGUAGAACAGAUGCUGGGAAAUUGGCAGCUUCAAAUUUUUAUUUUCCUGAUCCUAAACUAAAACUACCAAUUCAGCAGCAAUGUUUGUUUCUGCAGUGUGUUUAAGACUUUAAUGUUCUCAUGAGAUAACAAAAUAUGCCUACAAAGUGUUCCUAGCUUCCCCAUUCAUGAAGAACAUAAAAGUCGCUUCCACUUUGCAAAAUUUUGUGGCUAUUACCAGAAAGUUUUUUUUUUUGUUUUGUUUUUUUUGCACAGCAAUUGCUUCAGAAUCUAAGAAAUGACAUGGCGGCUUAGUCAAGUAACAGUUUUAGCAUUUUAUUUUAGAUUUUCACACAGAUGUUUGUAUUUAUGCAGCUGAAUCCAUAUAAAAGACUAUGUUAACAAACAUACAAUGUUAAUUUAACACAAACAAGGUGAUGCUUAUUAGCUCAAAAUCCAAGUCAGUGUAGAAUAUGAACUGACUCAUGAUGCAUCUUGCAGUCUGUUUUAUGUCUUGGGAUAUUUCUCCCUUUAAAAAAAAAAACAUAAAAGGAAAACUUCAGAUCGUGUUGUUUUUUGGGGGGGGGAGUGGAGAAAGGAGUGUUGCUAAAACAAGUUUGUUCCUGCACCUUCUGCCAGUACCCUUCUGUUUAUCUUCUGGUUUUCUAUCUGCCUUAUUUCUGAAGCACAUACAGAAACCUAUGUUGUCACGAUCAGUUACUGACAUGCAUAAAUAAAACUGUCUCAAGGAAUAGCUUUAAAGACCCCCUGGAAACCUCAAAGGAGAAUUGAUCAUGGCCACUUUUCUGAUUUCUUGAAAGAAAAAUUUAAAGAAAGUAGAGGGAGUUUAAAACCUCUAAGAUAUAUCCUUCUUUUCUUCGACACAUCCUGGAAAUUCAAAGGUAUUCCCAGGAUACCUCGGAAUUUCACAGGUAAGACCAAGUGAGCCCUUCGUCUGUCCUGGAGUCUCCUCUCAGUGGGAAGUGCCUAGAAAAGCUCCAAAGGAGAGAUAAGGUGGUAGCUAAUUCUUGAAAUUACAAAUCUAUUCCUAGGAGUUCUACUGUGAUCUAUUAGUCCAUUGUACUGAGAAAUAUGUGAUAAAGUCUUUUUAUGCAUUCUGUUUCUGUUAGUCCAGUGUGAUGCAUGUCUCUGCAUUUGUGCUGCUGGUUUGCUGUGAAACGUCACCUAAAGAAACAAAAGAGUCUUGAGUACAAUCCAGAAUUUCCAGAGUGUUCUGUCUUGUGUAUGCCAAGUUUAUUAUAAUAGGUUUCUUCGAAGUUAACUUGUGGAAUUAAAAUUUUUUUAUGAUUUAAAUAAAAAAACCUCACAUACAUGUAAAAUGAUAAUGUUUCUACAAAUGACCACAAUAUGAACAAUGCCCCACUGACUUUUUAUCCUACUUUGAGGCAUUCCACUUACGACUUAAAAAAACAACUUUUUAGAUUUAUUUGUUUUUUGGGGGGGAAAGGGAUGGGGGUUGUUGUCCUAUCCUAUUGUUAAGGACAACACAAAAUUUCAUUUCAUAACAUUCUAAAUUAAAGAAGCACAUAAUUAACUUCACUAUGAAAUUUCUUUGAAAAGCAUUUAUUGGAAUUAUUAGCAGCUUUAAGAAUAAUAGUCUACCUGCCUGGUUUUCUUUCUGCAACUUUAUUUCUUUUGAUUGUUAUAGGACUCAUACUUCCCAUUGUACUUGUAUUCUAUGCCAUUCACUGAGUAUCUGAGCUUGUCUAGUUAUAGGAUUUUUUUACAGAAAACUCGACUCAAGUCCUGAACUGUCAAUAAAAUGAUGACACUUUCUGACAUGGGAAUGUGUUUACUUAGUAUCUAGAACAUCGGGUCGCAAAAAUAUGUCAACACCGGGUGCAUUGUCAUGACUACUAUGACUAAGUAUGCUUAAAGUUGUUGACGUUGGAGUUACAGAUCUGAACAUAAUUCAUGCCCAUUGCCAAAUCCAGAUACGGCAACUUGAUACUAAACAUCUGGUUGAGGUUCCAUUGACAUUGGGAACAAGUAUUUCUGAAGAAAAUAUUUGUAUGCAGCAGUACCUGUUUAUUAAGACCUAAUUUCCCAAGAAAUGUUACCAAAUUAGUUUCGUGGUAGGAUGGUAUCUUUUUUCCCUGUGUCAUCUGUUGUGAAACCUGUGGUGCAUUGUAACAUCUGAGGUGAGUAGCCACUUAUAUCAGUUUUUUUUUCUAAGUAUGUUGCAUCAUUGGAAACAUAUUGUUGCAAUGAUAACUGCUUGUUUGCAUUUUUGUAUAUUUUGCAAUUAAUUGGAGGUACACUCUGGUACAAUAAUAUACAUUUACACACUGAAACAUUGUAAGGGUUACACUGCAAACUGAUGGGGUUCCCUGAACUUCCUAUGUGACUUUGAAAAGUAUGGCCUCCUAAUUUGAGGGUUUCAAAGAGACAGGGGUGCUUAAGCACAAAACUCCUUUUCAUUUCACAUAGCAUCUCAGGUUCCUGAACAUUUUCAUAGAUACAGCAUAAAAUCAUGAAACAAAUCAGGUUACUAAACAGGAGAGUGAAACAAUACUAAUAAAUAGUCACCGUAGCCGAUGUAUUAUUUGUAAAUGAUCUAUGAAUUACAGAUUAAGUUGUUACCACUUGGAAAUAAUAAGUACUAUGCAUUUUUCUGUGUCUUGUUCACAGUGCUGACAAUGUCCACACAGUUUGACUGUUGCAACCAUUGGUUUAGCUGGUUCAGAUGACGCAAAAAUAAGAUGAAGUGAAAAGUCAACUCCAGUCUGCAGCUCGGGGCAGCAGCUUGCUGCCACUGCUGAGUGGCAAAGCUCAGUGUUUUUAUUUUGAUGACAGUGGCUUACAGUUUCUGGCAGUAAGACCCAGGACUGGUCAUACCACACAUUAGUUGGAUUAUUUGUAUUGUGUUGUUUCCAACUACAACUACUGUCACAGAGAGAGCGCAAUAUUUGAACAUCUAUUAAUAGAUGAGAGAUUCUUUGCUGCCUGAUUUGCAAAAGUUUGGACCUUCUUCACUUUUCAUUCAACUGGCGCUUCAGCUGCCGUCGUCGUCAUCACUACAAUGGCCUAAACAGGAGAGAAAGAAUGCUUGAUUUAAUGGAAAUUAAUGGUCUACCUAUGAUUUUAGUAAGACAGACCCUUCUCAGGUCAUACAUUACGUAAAUGUAAUCAGUGAUCAAGUAUUAUAUCAUUAUAUCAGUGUCAUAAUCUGAUUGUAAUGCUUAAUCGCCAAAUAAAAUCUGUCUGAAGGAUGAA